CUUACCCAAUCCAGUAUCAUUUCGAUCCAAGCUCCAACAUGAAGUUCUUGGUUCUGUUCGCCCUGGUGGCUGUAGCCUUCGCCGCUCCUCAGCCGAGGAAGGUUUUCCAUGAGAACUUUGAAGACUUCAUCGACCUGAUUUUCGAUGAAGCUGGCCAUGACUUGGACCACCUCAUGGAGCACUACCUGGAGUUCGAAGAGUUCACGCAGACCCUGGACUACCUCGCAACAAACAACUUCAAGAACCUCAUCUAUGAGAUGGAGGAGCUGCCCGAAUUCAAGGCUGUGCUAGACUUCUUGGAGGGCCACAGCAUUGACAUCCACUACUUCAUCGAUUUAAUCAACGAGAUGUUGGAAACUGGACCACCCCAGCGCAAGGCCCGUCACACCCUCAGCGGCCGUGACUUCUCCGCCUUCAUCCAGGACUGCAUCUCCGAAUUCCCCAAGAGCAAGUUGGUAGCUCUCUUCGACCAGAAGUUGGCUGAGGACGACGACUUCAAGGCCGCCAUCGAGGGUCUCCAAAGCGACGAGUGGGCGCAGGUCUGGUCUGCUCUAUGGGAGAACGAGCAGUUCCUGUCUGAGGUCAACACCCUCAAUGCAAAUGGCGUAGAUGUCAAAGUCCUCCUUGACGAGCUCGUCGCUGUCUUCGGCCAGAACUAUAUAAAAGCUGGUAUUCUGUCAAAAUUAGUAUCAGUUCAAGAAACCACAACCAUGAAGUUCUUAGUUCUUGUUACUUUGAUCACGGUUGCUUUGGGGGCUCCAGGUCCUCAACCAAGAAAGCAAUUUCAUGAACAUUACGAAGACUUCAUUGAGCUGAUUGAGGAAGAAUCUAUUUCGGAUCUGAUGCAUAUUGUUGGACACUACCUCGAGUUUGAGGAGUUCAUGAACACACUUGACUACAUGCAGACUGGCAGUUUUAAGGAGCUCGUGUAUGAAAUGGAAUCGCUUCCUGAAUUUAAGGCUGUACUGGAAUAUUUAAAUAGCCAUGGCAUUGAUGUUUAUUACUUCAUCGAUGAUUUGAACGAUAUGUUGGGCAUAACGGUUAACGUCAAGAAAACGCGCCACAGCGUCAGCGGUCGCGACUUCACAUCCUUCAUAAGAGAUUGCUACGCUGUGUACCCUAAGGAGAAGUUGACUGCCCUCUUCAACCAGAAAAUGGCUGAGGAUGAGGACUUCAGAACUGCCGUCGAGGGUCUGCAGAGCGAGGAGUGGAACCAGGUGUACUCCGCUCUAUGGGCUAACGAGCAGUUCCUUGCUGAGGUCCAGACUUUGGCUGACAAUGGCAUCGACAUAACAGUGUUCUUGGAGCAACUGUCCGCCAUCUUUGGACAGAACUGAAGUUUAUUUAAUAUGGUGAUAGGUAAAAUAUUUACACCUACUUGACAAACUGAAAUACUAAGUGAGAGACUUUUCUGCAAUUUAUUAAAAUUGUAAACAUAA